CUAGCAAGCUAGGUGAUCUGAUCAUUUCGAUCGAUGAAACCGUGCUAAUUGGGCCUAUAAGUACCAGCCUCUUGGCAUCACCUUAAUCACCAUUAGUGGGCGGCCAGUUACUACGCACACACCUCCACUGUACUGUGCUAUACACAAGGUUACCUUCUGGCUAUCUGGAUUCCUAGACAGCCAGCCAUGAAGGGUCUCGUGGUGGUGCUUCUGGGCCUUGCAUUAGUUAGUGCCAUUGGUGCUAGCCCGGCGCGGCGGCCGGUGGUGCCGGCGAUGUUCGUGCUGGGGGACUCGACGCUGGAUGUAGGCAACAACAACCACCUGCCGGGAAAGGACGUGCCCAGGGCCAACGAGCCCUUCUACGGCAUCGACUUCCCCGGCGGCGCCAGGGCCACCGGGAGGUUCAGCAACGGCUACAACAUCGCCGACUUCGUCGCGAUGCAUCUGGGGUUCGAGAGGAGCCCUCUGGCUUACCUGGUGCUGAAAUCACGCAACUAUCUCAUCCCCAGCGCUCUCACCAGAGGGGUGAGCUACGCCUCGGCGGGAUCCGGGAUCCUCGACUCCACCAACGCGGGAAAGAACAUACCAUUAUCAAAACAGGUGCAAUACUUUGCGUCCACCAAGGCCGAGAUGGAGGUUGUAUGGGGCAGACGUAAAGUCUCCAAGCACAUCACCAACUCCUUCUUCCUUCUUGGAACCGGUAGCAACGAUCUCUUCCAGACCAAACCAAAGUCCCAAGCCGAUGUUGCCGCACUGUAUGCCACCCUCGUUUCGAACUACUCCGCCGCCAUCACUGACCUUUAUCGAAUGGGCGCAAGAAAGUUCGGGAUCAUCAACACGGGCCCAGUGGGGUGUGUGCCAAGGGUGCGUUUGUUGAACGCGACGGGCGCCUGCAACGAUGGCAUGAACCGUCUCGCGGCCGGCCUCGCCGCGGCUUUUAAGUCUGGCCUCGCCACCGCCCUCGCCCCGACGAGGCUCCCAGACCUCAUGUACUCCCUCGCCGACUCCUUCGCCGCCUCGCAGGCCAACUUCGACAACCCCCAAGCGAGCGUGUUCAAGAACGCCGAUAGCGCGUGCUGCGGGAGCGGGAGGUUGGGCGCGGAGGGUAAGUGCAUGAGGAACGCGACGCUGUGCAGUGACCGCGAUGCGUAUGCUUUCUUUGACAAUGUGCACCCCAGCCAGCGGGCUGCCGAGGUGAGUGCGCAGGCGCUCUUCGUCGACGGUCCGACAAAGAUCACCGCACCCAUCAGCUUCAAGGAGCUGGGCGAGAAGAGAUGAUUGAUUGAUUGAAUCCUUGAAAAUUGCAAGACAUGGUAGAUUUUCUUGAGUUUGAGUGAUUUUGUAUGUUGUGUAUUCCUUUUGAAAACUCAAUAUAUUGCCAAAUAAUGUUCACGCAAUCAGAGUCCACACUAGGUGCCAUGCAUGCAGGAUGCAUACCUCCCACUAAUACAACGUCAGACUU